GUCCGUCACAAAAAAUGUUCCGACAGCCUGGUUGUAAAAAUAUAAAAUGCUGCAACACAACUCAGCAGGUCGUGUUAUGGUUUUAUCGAACAAUAUUUCUACGAUCACAUCGUGGUCUUGUGUUCAACGGGACGUUAUGUGCACGUAACAUAAAAAGUUACCUUUAUAACAGGUUUAUGGAUUUACAACGAUUAGUUUGGACGUCCAGAAUAUAAAGCUGAAAAUGGAUGAAGGUCCAAACAUAAUGGAUGUCGAUAAAGCAGAACUAGAGGAGAAAACUCUGGUAGAUGUUAUUAAAACAGAGGAGCAAGAAGAAGAAGAGGAGGAUGAGGAGGCGUUGCCACACUCUGAAUUUCUGGACAUAUUUGAAGAAGGGCUCGCUCUGAUGGUGCAGGACCCUUUACUCUGUGACCUACCGAUUCAGGUCACAUUGGAGGAGGUGAACUCUCAAGUGGCUCUGGAGUAUGGUCAAGCCAUGACUGUUCGAGUCUGUAAAGCUGAUGGAGAAGUCAUGCCUAUUGUGGUGGUGCAGUCUGCUACGGUGUUGGACCUGAAGAAGGCCAUUUGCAGAUAUAUGGAGCUCAAACAACAGCGAGAGGGUGGUGUCAAGCACAUCAGCUGGAGAUAUGUAUGGAGAACAUUUCACCUGGUUUUCAAUGGAGAAAAGAUGGAAGAUGACAAAAGAAAGCUAAAGGAUUACGGGAUCAGAAACCGAGACGAAGUGACGUUCUUGAAGAAACUGAGGAAGAAAUAAACAUGGAUAGGUGCGAGUUCUUGUGUAUGGGUCAUUUCGACAUGGACUUUCAGUGAUUUAGCCCAGGCAGUCAUUCACAGAAACAUCAUUCUGGAUCAUUCUUAGGACUUAUUCAUCAGUUUCUAAAAUACCUUAUAUAAUAUUCAAAGCACCUUUCUUUUGUAAGGGCCUUUUGGUUUUCAUAUACUGUUACAUUUUCAAAACAUGCAAAUGUAUAACGAAAAAAUAAAGAGGCAUCCACAAACCGCA